UGGUUUUUUUUUUGCUAACAAUUUGCGGCGUUUCCUAAUUUUACACGCUUAAUAAAAAUAUAAUCAAUAAUUUCACGAAUAAAAUAUUUAUAUGCAUCAAUAGUGAAUUUAUUUUUGGAAAAUUUGUGUCUGAAAGGUCUAAAAUACCGAAUAAAAGAUCAUACCAACGCAUUUUGUAAAUAGCAAUCGCGUGCUUUGGUACUUAAGGAAAAGCGGCCACAAAAAUGUCUGUGCGGGAUCAAAUUAAAAUAGAUAUAGAAUGGGGACACGAACGUUUGGUACGUUCACAACAGGUGGUAGAGAUGCGGCCCUACGACAUCGAAUCUUGGUCUGUAUUGCUGAGGGAAGCACAAACGCGGCCAGUAAAUGACGUGCGCAGCUUAUACGAGUCGCUUGUGAAUGUAUUCCCAACAACAGCACGUUAUUGGAAGAUUUACAUAGAACAAGAGAUGAAGGGUAGAAAUUUUGAACGUGUGGAAAAAUUAUUUCAACGUUCAUUGGUGAAAAUCUUAAAUAUAGAUUUGUGGAAAUUAUAUUUGACAUAUGUUAAGGAGACCAAAGCUGGCUUGAGUACUCACAAAGAAAAGCUUGCACAGGCUUAUGAUUUUGCUUUAGAAAAAAUCGGCAUGGACUUGCAUUCAUUUUCAAUAUGGCAAGACUACAUACAUUUUCUACGUAGUGUGGAGGCUGUAGGCAGUUAUGCUGAAAAUCAGAAAAUUACUGCCGUUCGACGAGUAUAUCAAAAAGCAGUGAUCACACCUAUUGUGGGCAUAGAGCAGUUGUGGAAAGACUAUAUUGCAUUCGAGCAUAAUAUUAAUCCCAUUAUAUCGGAAAAGAUGAGCUUAGAGCGUUCGAAGGACUAUAUGAAUGCUCGACGCGUUGCUAAAGAGUUGGAAAUUCUAACCAAAGGUUUAAAUCGUAAUUUACCCGCAGUGCCGCCAACACUAUCCAAAGAAGAAAUGAAGCAGGUUGAUUUAUGGAAAAAAUUUAUUGCUUUUGAAAAGUCCAAUCCGCUACGUACGGAGGACACCGCACUCAUAACACGUCGCGUUAUGUUUGCUACAGAGCAGUGUUUGCUGGUGCUCACACAUCAUCCAGCCGUUUGGCAUCAGGCAGCACAGUAUCUUGAUCAAAGCGCUCAAGCAUUGGCAGAAAAAGGCGUGCGUAUUUUGUUGCAUAAGCAUAUAAAUGUAUUUUUAAAAUUUCACAGCUGCCACAAAAGGAGUUUUGUGUUGUCGCUACAGUCUUUGGUGUGGUCUUUUAAAUGGAGAAAGGAUACACAAGCGGCGAAAAUUUUUGGCGAUGAAUGUGCUAAUAUAUUGGAGCGUUCCAUUAAUGGCGUAUUGAAUAAAAACGCUCUACUGUACUUUGCUUACGCUGACUUCGAGGAAGGACGUAUGAAAUAUGAUAAAGUUCAUGCUAUGUACAAUAAACUGUUGUCCAUACCGGACAUUGAUCCAACGUUGGCCUAUGUGCAAUAUAUGAAGUUUGCGCGUCGCGCUGAAGGCAUCAAAUCGGCGCGUGCCGUCUUCAAAAAAGCGCGUGAGGAUGUGCGCUCACGUUAUCAUGUCUUUGUUGCUGCAGCGUUGAUGGAAUACUACUGUUCGAAGGAUAAGGAUAUUGCCUUUCGUAUUUUCGAACUGGGCUUGAAACGUUUUGGCGGCAGUCCGGAGUAUGUCAUGUGCUACAUUGAUUAUUUAUCACAUUUAAAUGAGGAUAACAAUACGCGUGUGCUAUUCGAGCGCGUGCUCUCCUCAGGUGGCUUAACGCCGACGCUGAGUGUUGAUGUGUGGAAUCGAUUUUUGGAAUUCGAGUCGAAUAUAGGCGACUUAUCAAGUAUUGUGAAAGUGGAACGGCGUCGUAGCGCGGUGUUGGAGAAUUUGAAAGAGUAUGAGGGCAAAGAGACUGCACAAUUGGUGGACCGUUACAAAUUUUUGGACCUAUAUCCAUGCACAAGUGUGGAACUGCGUUCCAUUGGUUAUACAGAGAAUGUUGGCAUUAUGACGAAUAAAAACGCGCUCGCCGCCAACGCCAACGCUAAGCCCGAUGAGCCGGAUGUGGAGCAAGUGAUCACACUACCGCGGCCGGACUUCUCACAAAUGGUGCCCUACAAACCGAAAGUCAAUGCGCAUCCCGGUGAACAUCCGCUAGCAGGCGGCACAUUUCCACAACCACCCGCAUUGGCAUCACUCUGUGCACAGCUGCCGCCGCCGGUGUCCUUCCGUGGUCCAUUCGUCUCCAUUGAAAUGCUAUUCGAUAUUUUUAAUCGCAUUAAGUUGCCCGACGCCGUACCACUACCAGUUGGUGACCAUGGCUGCGACACGAAGCUCUUCGAUUUGGCCAAAUCCGUGCAUUGGAUUGUCGAUGACAGCAUUUGCACUGGCGAUGCGGGCAGUCUGAAGCGGCGGCGCAUGCUGCCCGGCGGCGAUGAUAGUGACGAGGAGACACAAACACCGGCGCCGCCCGCCAAUGACAUUUAUCGUUUGCGUCAGCAGAAGCGUUUCUCCAAAUAGAUUAUGCAAACAUUUUUUUUAAUGUUCAACAUUAAUUUUAAAUAUCUACCUACAAACAUAUUUAUUACAUAUGAAUAAGCUCUUGGCGGCACUUCAUAUGAGAGUGCAAAAUUUUACACAUUAUUUUUAUUUACUAAUUAAAAUGUGCUACAGGCAAAU